AUGAUGUCAGCAAUAAUUUAGAAGAAAAGAUUAUAAUAUGAGGAAGAAAACCUGAUAGAAAAUGCAGAUUAACUUCCUCCUAAUUGUUCUUAUAAAAAGAUGUCUGAUCUUGCUUAUGUAGUAUAAUAUAUUGGUGAGAAAGGUACUCUAUUUGAAGGUAAUUAAAAUAUAAUUAUUAUUUAUUAUAGGAGCAUAUAUUGUAGUUGAUAUUGAUUUAAGUGGUAGUAAUGGAUCUCUUGGAUUUCCAGAAUAGUGUCCAAAAAUUACAUUCCGAAAUAAUUUUUAGCAUCUGAAUGUUGAUUAGAAAGGAUAAUUAUACAUGUAUCUUACUAAUAAGGAAACCUUUUGUAAUGGUACUACACUCUUGGAAAUUUAACAAUAUUAUUUAUAAGUAUGUAAUUAUUAAGAUUUAAUAGUCCGUCAUAUGUGGAACCAGCAAAUAUAAGUCUUCUUGA